AAUUCUGCAAGUGGUUCUGAUUUACUACCGCUGUUCUCUAGCUGGUCUAAAACCGCUUUUGACCUAAAGGUUUGCUUUUUGGACGCCAUUGACUUUUCUAAGUUUCCAGGCAGAAAGAACAGUCAAAAUGCAGGCAGGGCACAGGACAAAGCACUAGGGACAAAAUAUAUGUGAAAUGGUUUGAUACAAAAAUGACAGUUUCUAAAAAUUUUUAAAAUUUGCCGCUGGUUCCGGCCCCCAAACGCACCCCCCCCCAUAUGCUCGCAGGGACCGGAACACGGAGGAGAUGGCCGGGGACACGGCAGGGGACAAGGUAAGCGCUGCAGGGAA